CGAGACGGAGGGAAAGGAGCUCAGCCGCUCUGCAGGCUCACCAGGCCCAGCAGUUUGAAUGGGACACAAAACAAAGGGAACAAAGGCAUAGAGCCAAAGUGAAUCCUGCCUCUUCAAACUGAAUCACAGAAAGGGGGCCAGUCAAGUGAAGAGCAUGCUUCCUCAAAGGAGUCCCGUCGCUACCUUGGGCUAUGGCUCAGACUGUGUGAAAAUUGAACACAGCAAUGGAGGCUCGGUGGGUGGCACGUUGCUACGAGGCACCCGCUCCAAGGCCGAGCUGCAGGAGCUGAUGGAGACGCUGCAGCGCAGGAAGAGCGCGUUAGAGGCCAGCCUCAGGGCAGCUGAAUGCAGCCGCAACUACCUCAGUGUGCCUUCUGCUGUCGGGGCCCAGUCCAGCAGACAUGUCUUGCAGGGCCACCUCUCAGUACUCAACAAUGCUGAACGCCCUCCGUCUGCCUCCAGGAGUUUCCCCUACGGGACCAGCAGCAGUGUGCCCCCCUCACCUCGUCAGGGCGAACGUCAGCUCAGCACCAGCUGCUUGUUCCGCCAUGCUCAUCCUCGCCACCAGUCACAAGACAACCUGCUCCUCUCCAACUUGACAGAUGGGUGCUCCCUGCUCUCCUCCUAUCGGGAUGCCCUGCCUCGUUCUCCCAGGGUCAAAAGUGGAACCGCAAGUAUGCCCUCCAGCCCUCGCAUGGGCCGCAGGCUCUACUCUCAGGGCAAAACAUCAGAUGCCCGGCAGAGGAAAUACUCCACUGGCUCCCUCAGCAGCCUGGGCACACACAGCCGCUCUCUGCCCCGUCUCCAUCGAGCAGCAGACCCCCCUGCUCUGUCACUGCCCACGCGCCAUUCAGUGGGAUCCCACAGAGGAGAGGGGACCGCAAUGGCACGGCGCAGUCUGUCCUCUCUCGAGCAACCACCUGACGUGACAGUCCCGGCCAGUGUGCCCAGUACACCCAGGAGGGCGAGCCUGGCCUCUCUGAGCUCUCUGGGCCUGGACAUAGAUUGUGAGGGGACGUGUUUAGACUUGGGCCUGGGAGAGAGGAGGCUGUCCUUUGGGAAGGGAGGGCUGAGUCCAGGCCAGAGGGUGGGCAGCAUCACAUCCCUAAAUGGGAAGGAGGAGCUGAGAGACUACCACCAGCACCAGAGAGAUGAGAGACUCAGGGAACAGAAAGUGCAGAGACUGGAGUGCCAGCGCCUGGAGACCAUCUUGAGCCUGUGCACUGAGUUGGGCCAGGUGGAGAGGGAGCCGGCGGGCUCAGCUGUGUCCGACCUGCAGAAGAUCAACAAGGAAUUAGAGAAGUUGCAGGUGUCAGACGAUGAGUCAGUGUUCUCUGACUCCCCCAGCAGCACGGCGCCUGAGAGCUGCUUCGGGGCCAAAGCCAGGGACUACCAGCUUUCUGAGGAGCAGCAGGUCUGCCAGCGUCAGCAGGGCGGCUACAGAGAGGCCCGGUCCCACUCGCCUGCUAUCAGCUUGCACAGCAGCCUCCCGUCACCCUCUUCUCACCACAGAGUCAAAGCCUUGGAAAAUGUGCAGCUGAAACAGGAAGUAACGCAUAUAGAGGAGGAGAGGAUUCAAGUUCUGAACAACAUAGACGAGCUGGAGCAGAAGAUCAAGGACCUGGACAACCAGGUGGAGGAGUCCAUCAGAGAGAUGGAGGUGGAGUGUGCUCUGCUGGAGGGGGAGCAGGACUCGGAGAUGGCCCAGUUGCAGAGGGAAAAGGACAUGCUGGAGCAACUCAACGAAAAGAUUCACAGCAUGGAGAAGACGAAGCUCACUGAGAAGUCGCAGGAAGCAGACGUGCAGACAAAGCCGUUUGAGGACUUGGAGUUCCAGCAGCUGGAGAGGGAGAUUGAUCAGGAGGAGGAGAAAGAGAAUCAGACCCAGCAGCUACUCCGAGAGAUCGCCGAGUGCCAGCGCAGCACCGUCACACGCAAGGAAAGACUCAUGACACUGAAGAAGCAAUCCACACAGAUCACCUUACAGGCUCAGCAAGAAAGAGAGAAUUUCCAGAAAGAGAAAAACAAUUUGCUCCUCAUGCUUCAGAAGGAGAAGGAGAAGCUGGCAUCGCUGGAAGGAAAGUUAGCCGAGUUGUCUGAGGGGCAAACCCUGUCUAAGAACCCCGUGGCCAUCAGAGAGCACUUGCAGUCUCUCAAAGAGAGAAGGAGGAACAGCAAAGAAAACUCCCACCCAAAUGACAGCCUACCUCAUAAGAGGAGCCAGCAGCUGCUCGGUCCCUACGGCAGAUCCCUGGGACGCACUCUGCCCUCUAAGAGCCACCUGCCCCUGUCCCAGAGCUCCAGCUGCGGCAGCGUCAUCCCACCGGGCUUCACCUUCUCCUCCAGGGACCUGAGCAGCCGUCGCCUGCUCAAGACAGGCAACGGCCAUGUGAACAUGAAUGAGGACCGGCAGAGACGGAGUGACUUCUGCAGCAGGGCGGUCUCCGAGUCCAACGUCUUCCUGGACCCGUUCUCCUACCAGGACACCAGCCAGGCCUCGGACACGGUCAGUGUGGACAGCUCCGACAGCAUGGAGACCAGCUUCUCCGCCUGCUCCCCGGACAACAUCUCCAGUGCCAGCACAUCCAACAUGGCAAAGAUCGAGGAGAUGGAGCGUUUGUUGCGUGAGGCCCAGGCUGAGAAGCAGCGACUCCUGGAACACAGGGAGCGAGAGAUGGAGGCUCGCAGGCAGGCCCUGGAGGAGGAGCGCAGGAGACGGGAGGAGCUGGAGAAGCGUCUGCAGGAAGAGACGAGCAGACGACAGAAACUGAUUGAGAGGGAAGUGAAACUACGGGAGAAGCAGAGAUCACAGUCCCGGCUGUUGACGCGCUACCUCCCCGUGAGGAAGGAUGACUUUGAUCUGCACGGCCAUAUCGAGGCAGCCGGUCACAACCCAGACGCGUGCUUCCACCUGGCCAUCACCGAUAAAACCUGCAGAGGCUUCCUGGUCAAAAUGGGUGGCAAGAUCAAGACCUGGAAGAAACGCUGGUUCGUCUUUGAUCAGAAUCGCAGGACCUUGACCUACUAUGCAGACAAACAUGAGGCCAAGAUGAAAGGAGUCAUAUACUUCCAAGCAAUAGAGGAGGUGUACUAUGACCAUUUGAAGAAUGCACAUAAAAGCCCCAACCCUUCACUGACCUUCAGCGUGAAGACCCACGAUCGCGUGUACUACAUGGUGGCUCCGUCUCCUGAGGCCAUGCGCAUCUGGAUGGAUGUUAUUGUAACCGGUGCUGAGGGACACAUGCACUUCAUGGUGUGACAUGGAGCACGUCCCGCCACAUGAGGGCAUCUAGAAAUCACUCGCUAUUUCACUCGCUCCAUUCUUCAAAAUAUUAACUUUGGCAAUGUUUAGAUCCAGUGUGGAAAAUUAAUCAGGUCAACAGGAAGUGCACUUCUGUAUACUUAUAUCUGCACUUGCAAGUACAGGACGACUCAAGUCCACAAGCACAAUUUAUAAUGUAGUCAACUUGUAUGUCUCUCCUCCUCCUUUCCUUCCUCUCCACUUCUUUUAGGACUCCACCAGUUUAAUGGUUUUAAUAUCCUAGCCUGAAAGAAAGAAAAGUGCUUUUUCCUGUGGUCUCCAGGUCAUAUUACUGGCUCACAGUUUCCUGCUCAUAUGAUAUCACCCACUUUAUAAUAGUGGUUGUGAGAAUGCACAUGUUUUUUUAUCUUUACCUCAAAUGUAGCAACUGAUAUAACUGAUAUAAAAGUGUAAUUAUUAUGAGUAUUAUCAUCCAUUUGCAAUCACAUAUGUCAGUUACUGUUGCUACUGUGGAUAUACAGUUAGACCACAAGCACAAGCUGUUGUUCACCUUUUCAAACAAAGCUAAAUGCCUCCAGAACUUGUUCUGCACAAGCCCACCAGCAAUUUUCCCUCAAAAAAUGUUUCUGUAUAAUGUGCCCAGCCCUUUCGAGGACACAUUAUUAUGACUGAGGAAAAUGCUGAAACACCAGAGUCUUAAUUUUGCAUCUUAAUAAAGACAUUUCCUCACAUGUGCAAACGGUGCGCACUCAGGAAUAGAAUAAGAGAUGGCUGUGUGUGUGCUGCUGAAUAUUGCAUGAAGGCCCGCCCUCAUGCAAUAUUCUUAUUUGUGGCAAAAAUAUUGCACAUAAAUGAAGAUGUUGUCCCAAUCCUGAAUGAUUUUAUUUUUGUACUAGUUUAUCUGCCUCUGUGUAAAGCAGGAUUGAUCAGGCUGCGAGCACAAUAAGAGGAGGCCAUGUUGUGCAACACUGAUGUGUGCGGCACCCACAGCAUGUUCAGGUCAUUCUAAUUUUUCACCAGCAGGGGUCCUCAGUGGCAGAGUUAUUUAAUUUGAGUGACGUAAUGCUGUUGGGCGAUCAUACAUAUUUUUUUUAAUAUACAGUUACAUUACAAAAAGACAGGAGUGGAGCCAUCUUAAUUAAGUCAUAUUUACCAGCUGUUAUAAGUGUUAUAACUGAGAGUGAUGUAAGUGUUAUAACUGAGAAAUGUGCAUUAAUGUGCACUCAUAUGAAUGAGAAGCCAGAAAUUAGGAUGUUUCAGGACAAACAUGAGUAAACAAGGUAUUUUUUACAAGUGACAAGCUAUCAAAUUCAGAUGUAUUCUUUGAUGUUGCCUGCAGUAUUUUUCACAGUGUGUCUGCCAUUCUGACUGCUAUCGAUGAUGCAAGAUCGUUUUAAACAUUGUGUGACCAGCUCUUGGUUCAAAGACCGCAGGGCUUGUUGUUUCACUCGCCUGCCAGUGUUUUGGUCGACUUAAUGGUGCAAGAGUGCAGAUCAAGUUGCAGAGCUGACAGUAGUGCAGAUGUAGUUUUGCCUCUAAUUGGAUAAGGAAGUUUGCAUCGCAUCCCCAAACUGUCUUCCAUUGUACGAGGCACUGCCCUGUGUGUUAUCACAAGCCUUGAAACAGAUAAGCACCACAUUGUUAUAUAUUUUGAAUACAUUUGAUAUUUGAUAUUGCAUAUUUUGUAUAGCUUUCUAUAGCUACACUUUUUUAU